AAUUGCAGUGAGGGGUCGAAAAGCAAUGCGAGAUCUUUGCAUGUGUAUUUGUCGACUGUGCUUCCAUUCGUCGAUCUUGCUCGCUUCCAGCCAGACUUUCGCGGGUUAUGCGGGGAAAUUCAAGGAUGGGCGGUCGCAACCUCAAACUCUCCGUUCCUUCGAGAAGAAGUCAAAGCGUGGUUCAACGAGCCGGAGGCAGCACAUUGUCGACGCAUAGCAACCAGAAACUACGCAAAGCGUCUGGCGAAAGCCUUCAGAUGCCGUCGCCGCUGAUCUUUUACCUUUACACAACUGUAACUUCGAUGAAUGUUGAACAGCGAUCAUGUCCGUGCCAUAUCGGCGUAGGCACGAAAAGCAUGCACCUUGCAAUAGCGCCGAAACGCCACCGAAGAUUUGUCCGCCGUCAUCCUGUAUGGUUCAGCCUCCCCACCGUCACCCGCGCGAAUGGCGCAUGGAGAAGAGCCAGGAUGCGCACUACUGCGUCAUUAAUGAUUGACGAUAGGUUUCACUGCACUCGCAGAGCAUGUCAUUCACGCGAUCACGGUUCACGGAUGCCGCUGAUUGGCUUUGAGAUCUGCGAGUUUGUGCUCAUACAGUUUGGCGGGCCGUUUAGAGGGCACCAUGGUAAUGAGGACAGCUGAUCAUGGGUCUAUAUAUUGACGCCCGAAUGCCUGUAUACCUUGCAGCCGCUCAAGUCGAUCUCUUUUGCAACAACCUCCUAGCCGCUCCUGGCAGUCACUCCAACAUCACUGUUCAAGAUGUUUGGGAUGAAAGAUCGAUACUUCGGCCUACGGGGAGGAUGGCUCACCUUUUGGGUCACCGUUGCGUGCGGUACAGACAUGACAUUGUUUGGCUAUGAUCAGGGUGUUUUCGGCGGUGUUGUCGUAACAGACGACUUUCUCGAUCAGCUUGGUCUUCGAAACAACAGCGGACUUCUCGGCACAGUGACAGCAAUCUACGAUAUCGGUUGUUUCUUUGGCGCUAUCCUGGCAUACUUCAUUGGUGAUAUGAUUGGACGCAAGAAGACCAUCCUCCUCGGCACUACCAUCAUGAGCAUUGGCGCAAUUCUCCAGAUCACAGCAUACUCGGUUCCCCACAUGAUCGUUGGCAGAAUCGUUGGUGGUAUCGGUAACGGCCUCAAUACGUCGACUGCGCCUCCUUGGCAAGCGGAGACGUCGAAAGCGGCAUGGAGAGGGAAGCUCAUCGUCAUCGAGCUCAUUCUGAACAUUGCUGGAUUUUCGUUGAGCAACUGGGUCACUUUUGGCUUCUCUUACCUCCCAGGCGGUGUUGCGUGGCGAGUCCCUCUUGCACUGCAGUUCAUUUUCAUCAUCAUCCUGUACGCGACAGUCCCUUGGCUACCUGAAUCACCGAGAUGGCUUGUGCAGAAAGACCGUAUCGAAGAAGCCGAGCAGAUCCUGGCCGAUGUCGAGGGCACCGACAUCGUUGACCCAUACGUUCAGACGGAGCUGAGCGAGAUUAAAUUCUCCAUCCAGUACGAAAGGGAGCACUCUGUGCGUGUCCGAGAUCUCCUACGUGGAAAGCAAGGCGACGCAGCUGGUACCUCGACUCUUCGAAGAUUGUUCCUCGGAAUGGGGGCGCAAGCAAUUCAACAGCUGUCCGGGAUCAACGUGACUUCUUACUAUUUGCCGACUGUCUUGAUCGAGUCUGUCGGAUUCACGAACAGGAUGGCUCGACUCCUGGCCGCUUGCAAUAGUGUCAGCUACCUGCUAUUCUCACUCAUCGGUAUCCCGAACGUCGAGCGUUGGGGUCGUCGAAAGAUGUUAAUGUACGCUGCCUUUGGACAAGGUUGCUGCUACAUGCUCAUCACAAUUCUCUUGCGAUACUCCGACAAAGAAGGCUAUCCAAACCAGAGAGAAGUCGCUAGCGCUAGUGUGGCGUUCUUCUUCCUCUACUACGUCUUCUUCGGCAUCGGUAUGCAAGGUGUGCCUUGGUUGUACCCUGCUGAGAUCAACGGCCUCUCGAUGAGGAACAAAGGUGCUGCACUCGGCACAGCGACAAACUGGAUAUGCAACUUCAUGGUCGUAGAAAUCACCCCCAGCGGAAUCAGGAAUCUCGGCUGGCAAUUCUACAUCAUCUGGACAGUCUUCAACUUCUCCUUCGUGCCUAUAGUCUACAUCUUCUUUCCUGAGACUGCAGGCCGUACGCUCGAGGACAUCGACGAGUACUUCCGUACACACUCGAAUGGCGGCAAAGAUAUUUUCGUCUUCUUGGAUAAGGAAGCGACACUGUCGACUCGACCGCUCAAGUAUAUUGAACGCGAGGAGACGCAGGUUCGACGAGCGAGCAGUGUGGAUCCUAGAGCUGCUUCGUUGGCGCAGCAGCAUCAUCGGGGGAGGAAGAUGAGUGCAGAGGAUCCGGAGUUGGGAAGACAGAUUUCGGGGAGUGGAGACGAUGAGAAGGUUGAUGUCAGGGAGCAUAAGGAGGUGAAGUGAGGUGAAGAUGUGGUAUC